CCACCUGCCGCAAACAAAGUGGAAUUAUGUGGACGGCCCCUUGUUCUGUGCUUUGGGGAGUGAAAAGGCAGCCUUGCUUCAUUGAGGUCACAUUGUUUCAGCGAGACCGGUUCAGGAUAUGAAGACAGGACAAGGUUAAGCCUCAGAGAUGCCCGUGGGUCUGCGGUUUCCGUAGACUCUUUUGUUGCUCGAACAGGUGUCGGUUACAGUGGAGGAGAACGCCAGUCUCUCGUCUGUGCGACAGUGUGUGGAGCGGUUGUUCCUCUGAGAACCGAUAGUUACUGCGGGCAGCAGUGCAUGAACCUCGGUCCCUCUGUGAUCUGCCCUUGAAUACCAGAGCCUGUCAAAGCCUUGCUUCCACAUCAGGGGCAUCCAAUGAGGCUUUUAAAUAUGGAUACCUCCUGGCAUCUAUUGCUUCUUUGUUAAGCAUGGUGCUACAGGCAUGUCUUGAACUGUCACAUGGCUUCAAGCUGCAUUAUAAACAGCCUGCAGAGCAAAAAAAAUUGCAUUAGAACUUAUAAUGAGCUAAGGUGAACACGUGGAUCUGGAUGACAAAAAGAAAAUCAUGCUGCUAAUAUCACUUUUAAUAGUAUCUCAAAUUCAAAAUGUUCUUGCCAGCAAUUUCACCUCCUGCCCAGAAACAGCUGGCUUGGAGGCAGCACGUCUUAUUGACUGCCUGGGCGUGCGCUUCACGUGGCUCCAGACGCUGCUGGAUAAUUUCCCGUCCCUUUUCAACUUUGCACUGAAGCUGCAGUGUGCCACACACCUGUGUCCUCGUGACCUGGAGGAUUAUGGGUGUUCCUGUAGAUACGAGGAGGGGGCCGGGCCAGUUGAUGACAUGGACAGCUGCUGUUUCCAGCACAGAGCCUGCUACAGAGAUGCAGCCUCAAAGCACUGCAGACUGGAACCAGGGAGGCUUUCACUGAGCUCAGCCUGUACUGAAGUCAACACCACCUGUGAUAUGCCUGACUUCUGUGAGCAGCUGUACUGUACAUGUGACAGGGCAGCCAUUGACUGCAUGGCUUACUCCACGUACAACCCUGAAUUCAGGGAUCUGGAUAGCUAUUUCUGCCUACUGGCCUCAGCAACAGUUUUACCAGACAACAACACUACAGUUGGAAAUACCUUUUAUGGAACAGAUCCACUUUCACUUGAAAAUGAAUCAUUGAGUAAUGGAACAGUAGCCAUGGAUACAGAAUGGAAUGGCAUAUCCCUAUCACCCAAUAUUUCUAUGGGUACUGCUACAGAAGGGCAAGGCAAAACAGAAACAGUCACUGAAAAUAUUGAAACAGAGGUAGAGAUAACGGAUGUGACUGAAGUGACAACGUUGGAGGGAGAAAGAGUGGGUGUAACAGAGGAGACAGAGGUAGAGGGAGAAAGAGUUGGUGUAACGGAGGAGACAGAGAUAGAGGAAGAAAGAAUGGGUGUGACUGAAGAGACAGAGAUAGAGGAAGAAGGAGUUGGUGUGACUGAAGAGACAGAGAUAGAGGAAGAAGGAGUUGGUGUGACUGAAGAGACAGAGGUGGAGACAAAGACAGAGAAACCUGACAUGACACGGUCUCCCCAUCGCCCAGUGCCAUUUUCCCCAGAAGUUGUGAAUAUCCCUGUAACCAAACCCAGAGCUUCUAUGACUGAGACUACAGAAGGCACCCAGACAAUUGGGUUUACCCAUGAUUCUAUGGAGAUGGAGGAGUCUUCCUUGGAAGUACUUAAUAACCACAUAACAGAGCAAAUGGCUGUAACCAUGGAGACAACAGAGACAGAGACCACCCAGAUGACACAGUCUUCCCACGAAUCAGUUGAGCUGGGGGAGCUUGUCACAGGAGGACAGCAGACAAUAAUUGCAACGUUGACACCUACGAUUGCCAAGUCUACCACAAGAACAACAUGGCUGCCCUCACCAACAGUCGACGAUGUGUCUGAAGAAACGGAAGUGGAGGAGGAGAAGAAGGAGCCCUGUACAGAGAAAGACACUUUGGACAGCUCACAGGAGAAAGAAACUGAGGAGUUUGAAGUUCCCAUGGCAAAAGCAGUGCCGUUAUUUGCUUUGUCUCUCCUCGGGAUCGAUGAAGAGACGCUGGAGCCAGAAAUGGAAGAGUGCAGUCACACAUUCACCAUGUACAGUGCCAGUGGCAGAGCGCACCGGGAGAUGCCCGCCCUGGGCGAGAUGCUGCACUGUCUGACGGGGCGCUGCCCGCACGAGUACGAGAUGUACGGCUGCUACUGCGGGCAGGAGGGGAGGGGCCAACCGCACGACCAGCUGGACAGAUGCUGCUUCAUUCACCAGUGCUGCCUAGAGCAAGUUAGGAUGCUGGGCUGUCGGCAGGAACGCAAGAUCUCUGCUCACGUCACCUGUGAGAAUGGGAAAGUGCGAUGUUAUGGGGUCAGUGUCUGUGACAAGCUGCAGUGCGUGUGUGACAAGGCCAGUGCUGAGUGCAUGGCAGGUGCCCACUUCAACCACAGCUCCCCCGUGUGGCAGUGCAGCGGGCCGCGGGCCCCCUGUCAACGCAGGCCCGUCGGCGGCCGCCCCCGUCCCAGGCCCCGCCCGCAGCCGCUGGAGUCCAGCGAGGAGAGCCGGCAGCAGGAGGGCGGGGCACCCAGGGUGACCAAGGGCCGCCCGCCACACACGCAGAAAGCGGGCGUAAAGCAGGAGAAACCCAGCGAGGACCUAAGUGAAGAGGAUGACUAGCAAAGCAGGGCUACGGCAUGGUCUCAACCUGGAACUGCAACCUCUCGGUUCUCUCAGCUCCUUCAUAAAGUGCCACUUCAUAAACAGUCCAAAGCUGUAUUAAUGCAACAUUACAGACAUAGUUCAACUACAGUCCAGCUGAAUUAUUAGAAAACUAUAAUACACUGCCAAUAGAAUUACUCAAACUGGGAACCUUUCUUCAUGAAAAAGAGAUGUUAAUAUGCGAUAUCAAAUCUGUAAUAUGGUGAAUAUGUUUUAAAGUAUACUGCAUAUAAUAAUAUUAUUGACACUUUCAUACAAUAUGUGAAGCUUCCGUCAUUUAGUUCAUGGUGAAUACAAAAACACCCCCAUUAGCAAUUAAACAUUUUCCUGAUAAUAUGACUUUCACUGAGCUUUGCAACGGAAUGUAGAAUAAUCGCAUUGUCUUCAAAGGGAUAUCUUUUUACCGAUAUGCAGAUCAGAUGUACAUGUGAUACAAUGUGCUUACUUCAUCCUUGUGUACUGAUGCAAUUUCAUAAAAUGUGUUUAAAUAAACUGCCAUGUGAGGGGUA